UUCGUCUAUAUUCUGCGACUGAUCAUGCAUUCAUUAAGCCUAAUCAGCGCGUCGGUUUGCAUUUACGUCUCAUUAUAGGUUACAAUGGCAGCUCUAUGGUUACAAUCCAAAUUUACAGACCAGUAAUUGCCCUCUUCUGUAUACAAUUAUUAAUUCCGAGGCUGAUCAGCCACGUACAAGCAUAUUACUCUUGGCAGGACUAGUGUUCGUCAGUUGCCAUCAUGUUUCUGGGAGUGUUGUUUCUUCUGUUCCUUACCAGCCAGGAGGUCAGUGGUUUCUGGAAGAAUGGGAGCCAGGAUCCUACCUACUCACACUUGGGUUUCUAUCAGAAGAACCUGACAUGCAACGACGCCGGAACCACGUGCCAGGUUUGCUUCAAUGCGCAUUCUGACGGACGAGCUUAUUCACACGUGAUCCAAUAUACGACCGAACCCUACAAGUUGGAAUUUACCAACUUCGCCGGAAGUCAUGAACACAAAUACUCCAUCAGUCAAGAUGAUCCAACCCAGGCCAACCGACUGUGUUACGAGCUCCAAACGACAGACGAGAAGUUUGUUCUUUGCCUGGAUACUCGCUUCCCUCCCGGUGUAGUGGUGCCGGACACCUGUGCCUCACCCAUCGCCGUGGUCUCACUGCAAUUUAACGUUGGAGACAAGGAGAUGAGGGGCGUACAGGUGUUAGUGUGUAAGCCUUAGCAAUCAGGGGCGGCAAUGUAAAGGGUGAAGUUUAGGCCCCCUCAACCAACCAACCCCCCUCCCUCCACCACCACCCCACCUAAUGAUAUACGCACAAAAGUGGUAAUACUGUCGGCAAAUAGUAUACAAAUAAGGAAUUUUUCGAGUG